AUGAGGGCAGCUUUUGGGUUUCUCGUCAACUUUGAUCGGUCAACAACAAAACACAACACCACUUCACUCCAAAGACCAUUCGUCUUACUAUUCAUCCAUCGAUCCAUCCACCAUGUCUUCACCUCUUUCUCAAUCAAAUCAAACACUUUCAAAAAGAAAAAGGUAUUCCUUCAAUCCUUUCCAUCACUUUAUUCUUUAAAACUCACCAUCAACUCUCUUUUUAGGAAUUCUAGAUCCAUCAGUCCAGAUCAUCCACAGUCAACUAGAACUAAACUAUCACCUGACCCGAUCUCACCACCGCACUCUCCUAUUCCCAUCGAUCGUAUCAACAUCCAGAUUCCUAGGAUUCAAGAUGAUGAUCCGAUUCGUAGACGUGAACGUGAAGAUCAACUUCGAAUCAGAUUAGCUGAACAAGAACUAUCGUCUCAUCAAAAACCUAAACCCGAUCCUAAAUUAGAAAUGCAAAAAGCCGCUGCUACUAGAGCUGGUGGUGCUUAUAUUCCUCCGGCUAAGUUAAGAGCUCUUCAAGCUGAACUGGCAACUAACGACCCUUCUAGUCCUGAGUAUCAACGUAUGAGAUGGGAUGCAUUAAGGAAAUCAAUCAACGGUCUCAUCAAUAAAGUCAACGUUCCCAACAUCAAAUACAUUGUACCCGAGCUUUUUGGCGAGAAUUUGAUUCGUGGUCGUGGCUUAUUUGUUCGAUCGAUUAUGAGAGCUCAAGCUUCUUCGCUUCCAUUCACACCCGUCUUUGCUGCGCUCGUCUCGAUCAUCAAUACCAAGUUACCUACUUUGGGUGAAUUAUUAGUCACAAGGGUUGUCAGUCAGUUUAGAAGAGCUUAUAGAAGAAACGAUAAAGUCACUUGCGUGGCUACUACGAUCUUUAUUGCUCAAUUAGUCAACCAACAAGUCGCUCAUCAUCUCCUAGCUUUUGAGAUGAUCAUUCUUUUACUCGAAAAACCCACUGAUGAUUCAGUCGAGAUUGCGGUUGGUUUCACCAAAGAAGUUGGCGCUUUCCUUUCGGAGGCUGAACCUAAAGCCAAUAAUAGUGUUUAUGAACGAUUCCGUUCAAUCUUACAUGAAGCUACUAUUAGCAAAAGGGUUCAAUAUAUGAUCGAAGUCUUGUUUCAAGUUCGUAAGGAUCGAUUCAAGGAUAAUCCAGUCUUACCUGAAGGAUUGGAUCUCGUUGAAGAGGAUGAUAUCAUUACUCAUCCGAUUCAUCUUGAUGACGACUUACAAGUUCAAGAAGGCUUGAAUGUGUUCAAAUUUGAUCCCGAUUAUCUGGAGGGUGAAGAGAAAUAUACAGCCAUCAAGAACGAAAUCUUGGGAGUUGAUUCUGAUUCUGAUUCAGAUUCAAAUACAUCAGCAGGUGGUAGCGAUGAAAGCAGUGAUAUCGAUGGCAAGGUUGCUAUACAUGAUCACACGGGUACAAACUUGAUCAACUUUCGACGUCAUGUUUACCUUACAAUCAUGUCCUCACUCGAUCAUGAAGAAGCAGGUCACAAAUUAUUAAAAGCGGGAAUACCAGAAGGACUCGAAUUAGAAUUGGCUAACAUGAUAGUAGAGUGUUGUUCACAAGAAAGAUCAUACUCGAAAUUUUAUGGAUUGCUGGGAGAAAGGUUUUGUAAAUUGAAUUCGAAUUGGACGAUGACAUUUGAAGAAUGUUUUCGAAACUAUUAUGAUACGAUCCAUCGAUUUGAAACCAAUCGAUUACGAAACAUUGCAAGAUUCUUUGGUCACCUUUUAGCACAAGAUGCUAUACCUUGGAGUUCACUUGAAGUCAUUAAGAUGAAUGAAGAUGAUACAACUAGUUCUUCUAGAAUCUUUGUCAAGAUUAUGUUCCAAGAAUUAAGUGAAAGUUUAGGAUUACCAAAACUGGCGAAUCGAUUCAAGGAUGAAGAAAUGAAAGUUUGGUAUAAUGGCUUAUUUCCGAUUGAUAAUCCCAAGAAUACUAGAUUUUCGAUCAACUACUUUACUAGUAUUGGAUUAGGAGUUUUGACUGAAGAAAUGCGUGAACACCUCAAACGAGCUCCACAGUAA